UAUUUAGCAGCAGAUUGAUCAAUUUAGUACGGGCCGAGUCGAAUCGAGUAUGAGGCGGUGAAAUCAAGAGGAUAAGGCUGGCAAGAAAAUCUGCGAUUUAAUACUUGACCAUUCACCAACCCUUCGACAGUAACAAAAUGACGACGACAACCACAUUUAAAGGAUUGGAGCCAGGAUCCAAAAGCAGUUCCAGGGUGUUGCGUCCUCCAGGUGGCGCCUCCAAUAUCUCCUUUGGUGCAGAUGAGGAAAAGUCCACCCGCAAGAACAAAAUGGCCUCCAGCAUCUUUGCUGAACCUGAAGACCCCCAUGCUCACAGGAGGAACAACCCGCCUGGUGGGAAGCCAACUGGUGUGCUUUGUGGGGAACCUUCGGCUCCCCUGCGGAGAUGCCAGAACCAGCAUUCCAGCCAGGACAACCUGGACCAGGACGGCCCAGCUGAGGUGAACUCUGCUGAGGAUGUUGACCAUGACACAAUGAAUGCAGCAGAGAGCACAGAGGAGCCAGAGGCCCGUGAGCCGAGGGAGGAGACGGCGCCCUCUGGUGGAGGCUCCACCCAGGCAGCCGGAGUGCCCUCUGGCCGCAGGAACCCCCCUGGGGGCAAGUCCAGCCUCAUCCUGGGCUGAGUGCCAUUCCCCCAGUCCCCUCUCCAGAAAUGCCUCCAUUUUCUCUUUUAUUUGUUCUGUUGUUUUUGUAAUGAUAUUGAGAUAUGAAAAGAUGCUGCCAUCCUCACCCUAUCCUCAGUCUUUGUGAGUCUCAAACCCCAUCCCUAACCCCUGUCCUCUGGUCAUCAUUGUUUUGAUAUGCCUUUCUUAAUUUUAUACUUUUUUUUGACCGAAGCACUUUAUGUACUGUACACUCACUGGUUCUGUGUUGAGCUGUAAUGUGCCAGGCCUGCUGGUAAAGGCGUCCAGGUUCAGUUCCUCCUCACUCCACUCCACCCCUCCCAUACCCCCCUACCAGUGGAAAUGGGAAAACAAAAAACUCAAUUAUGCGUGCUGUAUUUCUAAAAACAUUAAAAGUAUUGAUAUGACAA